AUGCUUUCGAAUCGGUGCUUCAAUUGUUUCAGCAAAUGUCAAAUCAAAAGUCCACUCAAACGCUGGUUGUGCAACACUUGGAAUAUCACCAGUUUGGAUAUUCCAGGCAACAAUAAAAGCAAUAAUUAUACUCGGCUGAGACAAAGACGCAACUAUUCAUUCAUCCAUGACACAAGCUACGUAUCCUAUGGGAGCGACAUUCAGACGGAUGUGGCACUAUUUGAAAUGUUCAAGAAUAAAGACACCGGAUUGCUGUCGAUAGGGAAUUUUCUGUCGGCAGUCAAAGGUACAGGACUGAGGAAAAAUGAUCCUAGAUUACAGAAUAUGAUGGACAAUUUGAAGAGGGUGUCUAGGAGGAAUCCUGAUGGGUCUGCUGUAGACACGGAAAAAUUGACACUGGAACAAUUCCGAAGUAUAGUGCAAUCUAGUGUUGGGCUUUUGUCAUACGCCUUCAGAAAUCAAUUCAUCAUUCCAGAAUUCCAAGAAUUUAGUAAAAAUAUCGAAGAAAUUUAUUGGAAAUGUAAAGAAAACACCAAUGGGAAGGUGGCAUCGUAUAUACCUCAGUUGAAAAGAAUGAGCCCAGACUACUGGGGCGUGAGCAUCGUCACCAUAGACGGGCAACGUUUCUCUCUAGGAGACGUCAACAUCCCGUUCACCAUCCAGUCCUGCAGCAAACCCCUAUCGUACGGUAUCGCCCUAGAUCUUUUAGGGGCCGAUGUGGUCCAUACCUACGUUGGUCAGGAACCCAGCGGAAGGAAUUUCAACGAACUGAUACUCGAUCACAAUAAAAAACCUCAUAAUCCCAUGAUCAAUGCCGGAGCUAUAAUAAUAUGUUCUCUACUCAAGACUAUGUACAGUCCAGAAAUGAGUUCUGCUGAGAAGUUCGAUUUCACGAUGAACUUUUUUGAGAGGCUAGCUGGAAAUGAAGAUCUUGGUUUCAACAACGCAGUUUUUCUGUCAGAACGAGAAUGCGCAGACCGAAAUUACGCUUUGGGAUUUUACAUGAAGGAACAUAAAUGUUUUCCACAACAUACUAAAUUCGGAGAAUGUAUGGAUUUUUAUUUUCAAUGCUGUUCUCUGGAAGCCAACUGUGAUCUGGUAUCUGUGAUGGCAGCAACGUUAGCAAAUGGCGGAAUAUGUCCCAUUUCGGAAGAAAAGGUCCUAAAACCGGAAAGCGUCAGAGACGUAUUGUCCCUGAUGCACAGUUGCGGAAUGUAUGACUACUCUGGGCAAUUUGCAUUCAAGGUCGGUCUGCCUGCCAAAUCAGGUGUGAGUGGGGCAAUGCUGGUGGUUGUACCAAAUGUCAUGGGCAUGUGCUUAUAUUCACCACCAUUAGACGCUUUAGGCAACAGCUGUCGAGGAGUUCAAUUCUGUGAAGAACUUGUAAAGAAAUUCAACUUCCACAGAUACGACAACUUGAAACACGCCUCUAAUAAAACAGACCCUAGGAAACACAAGUUCGAAACGAAAGGUCUGAACAUUGUCAAUUUACUGUUCUCAGCAGCUUCGGGUGAUUUGACAAGUCUGAGAAGACACAAACUGUCCGGCAUGGACUUGACCUUGGCUGACUACGACGGCCGAACGGCUCUUCAUCUGGCUGCCUCCGAAGGCCAUCUAGACUGCGUGGAGUUCCUGCUGACCCACUGUCGGGUGCCCUACGACGUUUGCGACAGGUGGGGCCGGACGCCCCUGGAUGAAGCCAAGAUACACGGGCACAAGGUCAUAGCCGAGAUGAUAGAGCUCUGGCAAGAAAAGAACGCCAAGGAGCCUGAGGAUUGA